GGCGGCGGGACUCAAAUCGCUCCCCCCCUGAUUCCAAGCUUAACUUCCCGAGCUGACGUCAGCUGGCAGCCUUGGCAGUACUCGCCGCUCCGGACAUAGCGCUGAGAAAAAUGCUGCUCUCCGUCCCGCCAAGGACUGGAAUCAAUCCAUACAACGGCUACAACAACAGAAACACUAAAAAGCAGGCCUAUGUGUCCUCCAGCCAUCAGAUGGCGCCGCCUAGUCCCAACACCAACAGCAGCAGCACCAGCAGCGCUGGCGGAGGGGAACAGCUGAGCAAGACUAACCUGUACAUCCGUGGCCUUCACCCCGGCACCACCGACCAGGACCUGGUCAAGCUCUGCCAGCCGUAUGGGAAGAUAGUAUCCACAAAGGCCAUCCUGGAUAAAACCACCAACAAAUGCAAAGGUUAUGGCUUCGUUGACUUUGACAGCCCAGCAGCAGCCCAGAAAGCCGUGACUGCCCUGAAAGCCAGCGGAGUGCAGGCCCAGAUGGCCAAGCAACAGGAGCAGGACCCCACCAACCUGUACAUCUCCAACCUGCCGGUCUCCAUGGACGAGCAGGAGCUGGAGGCCAUGCUCAAGUCCUUUGGCCAGGUCAUCUCCACGCGGAUCCUGCGCGACGCCAACGGCACCAGCCGCGGGGUGGGCUUUGCCAGGAUGGAGUCAACAGAAAAAUGUGAGGCCAUUAUUCAGCAUUUCAACGGCAAAUACAUCAAAACUCCUCCCGGAGUACCAGUGCCCACGGAACCCUUGCUCUGCAAGUUUGCGGAUGGGGGGCAGAAGAAGCGUCAGAACCAGGGGAAGUACCUGCAGAACGGAAGACCCUGGGGUCCUAGAGGAGACAAUGAAGCGGGCGGGAUGACGCUGACGUACGACCCGACGGCCUUACAAAACGGGUUUUACUCGCCUCCCUACAGCAUUGCACCAAACCGUAUGAUUGCUCAGACCUCACUCUCUCCAUAUAUGCACUCUCCUGUCUCAUCUUACCAGGUGCAUAGCCCUUCCUGGAUGCAUCACCAGUCAUACCUCAUGCAGCCAGCAGGGGUGUUGACCCAAGCAAUGGAUCAUCCCAUGUCCAUCCAGCCCACGUCCAUGAUGGGCCCCCUCACCCAGCAGCUUAGCCACCUGUCACUGGGCAGCACGGGCACGUACAUGCCGGCAAAUACGACUAUGCAAGGGACCUACAUCCCUCAGUACACCCCAGUGCCUCCCUCUAGUGUUCCUGUAGAGGAAAAUGGUGGACAGCAACAACAACAAGUUGCUAUGGAGACACCCACAGAACAUACAAACUACUCCUACCAACACAGCAAGUAAAACCCUGCUCUUCAGAGGAGAAGGGUGGAGAGAGGAUGCAGUGAGUAGGAUACUGUACAUGGGAUCUCCUAAAGACCAAUGGGUUUUCACAAGAGAAAAAAAUCUUGAUAAGGUUACAGAUGGAAGAAAGUAACACAUUUUUAUUAACAAAAGAAACAAACCAACAAAAAAAAACCUAAGCAAAACGGACAGCUAUCAAUCUUCGCUGGGCUUUUUUUCCUCUCUUCUAGGCUCACUCAACCAAAGGUGGGAGAUUUUUGCGAGCUUUACUCUAUUUUGAUAACAAACCAACAAAACUAAAGAAAAACAACAAGCUGUUGAGUUCAGAACAGGGGGGAAUUGCAAAAUUAUUAUUUUUAUGCAUGUUAUUAAAAAAAAAUCUUAUUUUUAAAAAAAGAAGCAUUCUGGGUUACUAGAAUGAGAAAAGAUGAGAAAGUUACAACACAAUGUGUCUUUUAUUUUUUUGUAAUAUAUGCAAACUUUAAUUUUUUAUUUUUAUUUGAUUUUGUUUUUCAGUCAGCAGCCGUGAAAUAUUUUUGUACAGUUUCAAAAACCUCGAACAAUGCAGCCUGCUUGUCAUAGAUUUUUUUUUAAACUUUGCUUUGACAUGAUAAUUACUAUUGUUGUUGAAGGCAGGCCAAAACCAUUUAAAGCUACUUCCGUUUCAUUCAUGCUGGCAAGAAAUCAAGCCCGGCAUGACACGUUUCUUCUUGUUGUUUUUAAAAGCAUCGGACAAUCAGAGAUAUUUUUUAACUAUUUAUUUGUAGGGGUAGGUCUAAAUUAGUGCAUACUAAUGAAUUUUCAUACAUUGAAACAUUUUUUUAAUUUAAUUUAAAUGAAAUCUGAGCUAUUUAACCACAUCAUUCAAAAUGAUUAUCCAAUUCUAUUCUUAAAGGAACUAGCUCUUCCUAGGCAUGUAGUUUUUUCCCUAGUGAGGUGGCCAUAGGAAGAUUACAGUUGCAGCUACUAGACGACAGGCUUUUAAAAGACCUCAUUUGUUUUUCAUUAAAAAAUGUUGAUGGUUAAACUUUCAAAAAUGUUAAGACUAAUGUUACUCUCCCAGAGCAGAAAACUCGACUCGACAGGUUUGAUGUUAAUACACAGUACACUAAUGUGACAUAACACUACAUUGCCUUUUCACUGGCAUGUCUUCAUAUCCCUGAUGUCGGGCCAUCUCCUUAUUGAGUAAGUAGCUUUAAGUGGUUUUUCAUUCUUGUGGCUACUUAAAUCUAUUUUUGAAAACUUAGUGAUAACUGGAUAUGACACUCUCACAGUAACUGUAAAGGCCUUGAUGCGACCACCCGAGGCAGAAUAAGAAUAGGCAAUGGGGAAACCAUUAAGUAUUUUGGUCAGGUACCGAAUCAGAACAAACAAGAAAAAUAAAAUGUCCAAACACUGAUGUAAUUUAGGCAUUUGAAGAAGUUGUGAUUUUUACAAAUUUCAACCAACAUGGACUUUUGACUUAAUGACCAAUGUGUGUGAAGUGGAGUCACUCUUGACGUCCAGAUGAAUCACUUCUUGUUGAUAACACAGAUAAGUUAUUUAUUCAUAAACAGAUUUUAGUGAAGAUUAUAACAUUAUGUUUAAACUCUAUUUCAUGUUACACGAUAAAACUAAAAGGUGCAAUUACCGACAUACUGGAAUAUUUACUGUACAUUGCAAACACAGUAGUUCUUAUAUUAAACCCCUAGUCUCAAACUUGGUUUUGUGCAAGGAGAUCAAAUCAGUGUUACUAUUUAAAAUGUUACAGUGGACACACACACACACACACACACACACACACACACACACACACACACACACACACACACACACACACACACACACACACACACACACACACACACACGUGUGUUGUUCUGCCAAAGAUGAAUUGGGCAUUUUCUAUUCAGCUCUGUUUGGGGCAGUAUGUGUCGGAGGGCUUGCAGCUAUUGUGAGGGUGGCAUUCUGGCUUCUUUUUGUACAGAUGACAAUUAGCUUUAGAUUUGGGUGGGUGUUUGUUUAUGUUUUCAAAAAAAAAGAAUCACACAGCUUAGUUUAAAAAAAAAGAAAAAUAAGAAAAAAAAUGUAAAAUUGUAUACAAAAUGAAAAGGAAAAUGGAGUUUAAAGGUUUGAACAGAAGACAGUAAUUUUUUUCUUUGUUGAGGUUGUGUGUGAGUGGUUUUUAUCUUUCUCUCAAUGCUGCUGUUUUAAUCGGAUUUUAUUCCUGUCUUUUAGAUGAUUUUGUUAGAUUCCAAAAAAUGGUUGUUUUGCUUUCUUUUUUCACUUGAAUGCUCUCACUUUCAAUGUCUUUUAGGCAAAUAUUUUCAUUUUGAUGAACUUCUAAUAGGUGAUGUAGAUUACCUUUUUUUAGCUGUAGGCAAAAAAAAAGUUUUUCAUGAGUGUAAGUAGUGUUGUUGCUUUUUCCAGAGAUUCAUAGUUUUUUUUUCUAAAAUGUGUUAUGAAGUCUGUGAGUUUGUACACUGUCCAUGCAAACCAAGACAUGCUUGUGAUUUUUUAAUUCCAUGUUCUGUCUCUGUCUCUUUGCACUGUUCAUUUCUUUUUAUUUGUUUUUUUUUCAGCCAAGCACUACAUGCUUUCAGAUAUCAAAAAACAAAAUCACAGUGAAAGACAUUUGUCUGACCAGUAGGAUUCAAAACUCCACGGCAACUAUACAAUCUCUUGGCGAUGUGUCAGAAACUUAAAACCAAUUUGUUAGAUAUAGGCCGACUACAAAGAAGAUGUCCUCCUUAGUUGUAGGCAACUACAACUACAACUACAAGUCCAGUUUUGUCUACAACAUAGCACUUGUUUCCUACCAUGACCUGAAUGAAUAAGAGCCUUGUCAUUUAAACAUAGUUCUUCAUAUACGUUGAUUAGAUAAAUUAUAAUAUAAUAAUUUGAAGAAAUACAAUGAACAUAUUGUGGUCUUGGUUAAAAUUGAACACUUUGUGAGCAUUUCAUGACCUAACAUUUUGAAUAUGACUGUGGUGCUAAUGUGUAAUGCCCGAAGUAUAACGUGCAUAUUCAUAUUAUAUGGAGCACAGACGCUGUUUGUAAAGACUGAAACAGUACCUCCUACUCCAUCCCUAUACUUGGAGGUUACCAUAACAUCCGAUGUUAAAUCCCACCCAGUGUGUUUGAAAUCUAUGGCCUGGCAAAUGCAUUUCUUUCUAUGGUCUUGUGACCUGAAGGUUUCAUUACUUUGUUAUCCUCAUAGAUUCUCCAAAAAACAUGUAUGCUUUCUCUAAUAUCUUCUACCAAAGAUGACAAAGCCAUCUACCAGUUCAACAAGCUGUCUGAAAGUCUGUACUCACCCCACAUUGGAACAGAUGAAAAAAAAAAAAAAGGAAAUCAAAUAUUCCUCCAUACCGUCUGACCUCUAAAGAGCAAUAUCCACCUUCAGGGAUAAUUUUGUUGCUAGAGUGGACUUCAAUAGAACCUUCAUGAAUUCUUUGUGUUGUGACAUCACCAUGAUGUCAUAAUACCUCAUUAUGUAAUUGGCUUUACUGAAACUGCCAGCGAGGAUCUUUCUUUUUUAUUAUUUCUGUACAUAUUUGGCCUUCUCUUUUGAUGCUUGGUAGUCUCUAGGACCUUUAUAAUGUUUUUUUCAGUGGCCUGUUGAAUUUUGUUGAUGUGACUGUUUGAUUUUUUUCUUGUCUAAUUGUUUGUUUUCAUGUCCUGUCCAGAUGUAGUAAAACUAUGUACAGUUUAUUCACAUCAAGAGCACCUCAUGAAGGAAAGAGCAUCAGUUUUGGUUUCUGACUUGCGUGGCAAAGGCAAAAACCAACAUAACCAUGCAACAGCCAUUAAUUCAAACACAAAAAAUAGAAAUAUAGUUUUGAAACUAUGAAAUGACGGUUUUGUUACGCUGCAGUGUUGGGCUUCUUUCUUGUUAUGCAACAUUCUCCUCUCCUGAAGGCAUGUAAUUGUUCAAGCCUAUUCAAAAAAUAUUACAACAUUUUUGUUUUUUACAUGAAACUAAAACUUUGUGAGGUGGCAGCAGAAGCGAAAAUGACUUGGCCCUGUGAAUAACAUGACAAAAAAGUCAUAUACAUGGGCAUUGAAGGGCAAGCAGUAGUGGUACCAGUUCAUUCACUGGUGACCACACACACACACGCACACACACACACACACACAUACGUUACGCUAAUUACCGUAUCUUUUCCAAGUUAGUGUAAAUAAGAGAAAAGCAUACUCCAUUGGCAUCAUUCAAUUCCACCUGCAAUCAUUUGCUCUAUAGUCACCCUCUCACAUUGCCUUGCCUUGUAUGACUCGUUUCAUAGUUUCAAAAUGUUUUGCUGCUAUGAUGGAAUGUUCAAGCAGUUCAUGAGAUGAGCACCGCAAAUAGACUAGGUCUAGGACAACAAAACAAUAUGUAUUUUUUUUUAAUGUUAAGGAAAAGGAAAAAUAUAUAUACUAUAUCAACUCAAACCUGCAGGAUUCAGAGUUUGUCAAUGUGCCUCAAAGCAAUGAGUGCAAAAACAAUUAUGCUAAUCUUUGGAAAUAUAGAGGGUUUUUUUCACGUUGCCUGAUAUCUACUUGGAUGUACAUACAUGGUUGUCUGAUUUUAGUAAGCCUUUAGCAUUGUACACUUGCUGUACAGUUGUUCUUGCCUUAAGAAAGUACUUCCAACAUGGAAGUUCUUACUCUGUGCCCCUGUGUCUGAAAGAUGAUCAGGAAAACACACUCUAAAUACUCACAUUUACCUUACCAUAAAUAACAGCAUAUUCGUUUGUUUUUUAAUUUUAUUUAUUUCAGCUAUGAUGAUUAAUGUUUUGUUCAGAGUCAGAUAGAGCUGGAGUGUCAGGGUUGUGCAAGUUAAGUAGUCAGUGAGACACCAUCAACACAUUGUGUUAGGCCAUUAUGCAAUUUCUGUGAAAUCUAAUUGUUAUUUCAGUCUAUAUGUUACUAUAUAGAUACCGUGUGACUAUAGAUGGCAAAAGAAUUUCUGGGGCUUCUUUGUAUAGCCAUGACAGGACAACAAUAAUCAUGAUUAUUAUUAUUUUUUUAUGAUAGCUUCACCUCCCGUCCAUGUAAACUCUCAUUCUUAUGGUUUGAGUUUUACAAUCGAAUUAGUUGUAAAGUGAACCCAAGGACUCAUCUCAUCAACUGCUUCUCAACAUUUUCUUUAUUUAUACAAAAACUCAUUUUGUACAGUAUGAACAAGGAAAAGGAGAUUUUUUUUGUUGUUGUUUGCUUUUUUGUUUUGUUUUUAUUUUGUAGUGUGUCAGCCGGUUGCUAACCAGCAGUGUAGUCUUCCUGUGCCACAGUUGCUGAUUUCUCUGUUACUCUUGUUUUUUAUUCAUUGGAAAAAAAGAGAUUCUUUUUUGUUCUUUCUUGGUUGUACUCUUUUUUGAAUUUGAUAUGUUGAUUUUCUUUUUUAAUAAAAUUCUUGUUUUUCAAUGAA